AUGACGGUGACAAAUAAGAGGGAUAUUUUAGCCAUUAAAAAAAGUCAAAGAUUCAAAUCACCGCCUCCUUCACUCUAUAUAUAUUUACCCACCAGUCCCCUCCGAUGGAACAACUACGCCAACUGGGAAGAGUCCCAAAAUGCGGAUUUCAAUCGAGCCCGGUCUGUUUGGGAAAGUGCCUUAGAAGUCGAUUACCGUGACCACUCUAGUUGGUUUAAGUACGCCGAUUUCGGGAUGAAGAAUAAAUUCAUCAAUCGUGCUCGGAAUGUCUGGGACCGCGCGGUAACGUUGUUGCCUAGGGUUGAUCAGUUGUGGUAUAAGUACUUUCACAUGGAAGAAGUACUAGGCAAUGUCGCUGGUAAAGACCCGCCCGUUGUUUCAAUCAGAAUGAAUCCCCAGGACCCGGAAAAUUGGCUUAUGCCAACAGUGAACUAG